AUGAGUCCAGGACUCCUGGUGGAGCCCUGGUGAGGGGGGGCGCAAAGCGAGAAGGACAAUGGAAUGCUUCAAGGUUUGCUCCAGAUGGUCGGAGCUUCCAGACUAGGCAAGGGGAGGGCGGGGCCUCACACACGCGGCCGCACCCAGUCACCCCCAGAUUGAGAUGGACGACAGGGGGGCGAGGGCGCGGCACAGGCCAAAGGAGGCCCAGCACACUCGGCAGUUUUCUUGCAUACUCGCUCAGAGACUCAAGGCGGGUCCGUAACCCCAACCAGUGCAAAUGACUUAGUGCAAAUUGAAUUCAGGGACGGGGGAAACAGAGUCACGGAUGCUCUGAGUCUCCUGAGCAAAGACAGAGAAGAAAAAGAAGUGAAAAUUCAAAAGGAAAGGAUGAAGAAGAGCAGGGAGAGGAGGCAGAUGGUAGUGAGGGGCGUGGGGGGCUGGCGGUGGUCUCCAGCCCCGCAGGGGUGGCCAUGA